AUGUCAAUCCCCUUCGCAUCAGAUCAUCCCAUGUUAAAGGUCAGCUUAACCUCAAUCUCAAACCUCGAGGUCAAAAACCUGAAACGAAGACUAACCUCCGAGCUAGAUUCAGUUCAUAGCUUAAUCGCACGGUUCGAUCCUCAUCCUCCCCAAGGCGGAAACAACAACAACAAGAAGAUGAAAAAAACAGGGUUUGGUUUGCAUGAUUACCAAAGUAUUGUUAAAGAGCCUAUGGAUUUGGGUACUGUGAAGGGUAAGUUAGGGAGAGGUUUGUAUGAGACUCCGUUGGAUUUUUCUGAUGAUGUUAGGCUUACUUUUAAGAAUGUUGUUUUGUAUAAUCCUGUUGGGCAUGAACGGAAUCUUAUGACGAAACCGUUGGUGGAGCCUGAGACUGUUACUAUGGAGAAGUUUGAAGGAGAUGAGGAGGCGCCUGUUGAUAUUAGGGACUUGACGAUGGAUGAGAAUUUGAGACUUAGUGAGGAGCUUCAGGAUUUGCCUUAUGAUAAACUAGAGACGGUUGUUCAGAUUGUGAAGAAGAGUAAGAUGAUGAGAUUGAGUUGGAUAUUGAUAGUCUUGGCAUCGAAACGCUUUGGGAGCUUUAUAGUUUUGUGA